UGGAUGACGUUGCACACAGCUGCAGCAAUGGAGGGAGCACGUGUGUCAGCCUUUUCAAUGUACCAAUAUGUAGAAAAGAACACGCACACGACUCAGGUUCCCGCCAAAAACAAGAAACGGAAAGAAAAUGCCGUGCAACUGUCAAAAUCGAGUAAGAAACCCAAAAGGAGGCGGAGCUGUGUGCUUGAUGUCAAAGAUUCAAAGGAGGAGGAGAUUGUAAUGAAACCAAAUGAGGCUGAGCGUCCGUUGAGAAGCGGCAGACAAGUGGAAGGACCUGCACUGCACACAUUGCUGACAGACCUGGCCAAGGUGCACAACAGCAGGGAGAGAGCCGGCAAACUCUUUGAGUGGCUCAUCCACCCCGUGCCUCUCCAAAGCUUCUUCAGAGACAUAUGGGAGAAGAAGCCAGCUUUAAUCAGACGCCACAAUCCAGAAUAUUACAAGGGGCUCUUUUCCACUGCUGAGUUUGACAGGAUUUUAAGAGAUGAUGACGUCCAAUUCGGAGUGAACCUGGAUGUCACUAGUUAUAGAAAUGGCAAACGGGAGACCCAUAACCCUCCUGGCAGAGCCUUGCCUUUCACUGUCUGGGACUUCUACAAGAACGGCUGCUCUCUGCGGUUGCUGAAUCCACAGGCGUUCUCCAUCACCGUGUGGAAUGUGCUGUCCAUCCUUCAGGAGCACUUCGGCUCCAUGGCUGGGGCCAACGUGUACCUGACGCCAGCAGGAACCCAGGGCUUUGCACCCCACUAUGAUGACAUAGAAGCCUUCAUAAUACAGCUGGAGGGCAGGAAGCACUGGAGAGUUUACAACCCCAGGUCCGAAGAUGAAGUCCUUCCAGUGGCAUCUAGCCCAAAUUUCAGCCAGUCGGAGAUCGGCGAGCCGUCGUUGGAGGUGGUGCUGGAGGCUGGCGAUCUGCUCUACUUCCCGCGAGGUUUCAUACAUCAGGGCGACUGCCUCCCUGACGCCCAUUCCCUGCACAUCACCAUCUCCUCGUAUCAGAAGAACAGCUGGGGGGACCUGCUGCAGAAGCUUGUCCCGGCCGCCUUGGAGAUGGCCAUGGAGGAGGACAUCGAGUUCCGCCAGGGGUUGCCCCUCGAUUAUUUGACCUACAUGGGGGUGCAGAACUCAGACAAAGAGGACUCGCGCAAGGCCCAGUUCACCGAGCAUUUGCUGAGUCUAAUGAAAAAGCUGGCCAAGUAUGCCCCCGUAGAUGCAGCGGUGGACCAGAAAGCCAAAGAGUUCCUGCAUGACUGCCUGCCACCAGUGCUGACCCCAGAGGAGCAGGCCAGCAGCGUGUACAGCGCCCCCACCAGGAUUGAGGAUGGCAAGGCCCGAGAUGUAACGGCACACAUCAAACCUGAGACCAAAAUUCGACUACUCCGGGAUGGUAUCGCAAGGCUGUGCAGUGAGGGGGAUGCAGUGUUUCUCUGUCACACCGUGGACAAUUCCAGAGUUUACCACAAGGAGGAGCUCAAGAGCUUCGAAGUACUGCCUGAGCACACAGAUGCCAUGGAGUUCCUGAUCCACUCGUACCCUGACUUUGUGUCUGUUGGCAGCUUGCCGUGCGACUCCUUUAAAGAGAAGGCCUCCCUGGCGGAGCUGCUGUUCGAACGAGGCCUCAUCCACACGUGCGAACCCUUGCUCUUCUCGUGAGGACGGAUGCUGCUCCCCCGUCGGCCAUCCUACUUUUCCCGGUAUUAUCAUUUUGUGCCGUAAUAAAGCACACAUCGGGGACGCCACGCCGCCUGUCAGGCCCUUGAGUCUCUUCUUUCUGUCAUUCCAGAAAAUUAAAGGAAGUUUAGCGUGAGAAAUGGCUGUGUUGUAAGAAGCAUUUGGUCCCUGAAUUAUUGAGUGCUUCCGUUUAAGACGCUGCAGGGUCUUCGCCCUGCUCUCAUUAACAGUUUUCACAGCUACGUUUCUUUGGUCUGAUGUCAUGUUUUUAUUAAAUAUUUAUACAAAUGGG